AUGAAACUGUAUUUUUUACUCUUCCUGGCAGCGAACGGAGGGAUCUCAAGCCAUCGGCCCUUGGAAGAGUCACCCUGUGAAAUGGUAAAGAUGAAGGCAUUUUGUCAUGGCAAAGAGCUUCAUCAAAUCCCUCCAGAGCUCCAUCCAAACAUAAAUAAAAUAGAUUUGUCUGGAAAUGAGAUAAAAAAUCUCUCUGAGAAGCCCCUGACAUUUUACACCUCGCUCCAGCAUUUGGAUUUAAGAUCCAACCAAAUAAGCUUCAUUGAGCCUGGAGUCUUCACAUACAUGACAAGCCUGGUGGAGGUAAUUUUAGCCAAUAACCAGUUAGAUGAGUUGGCUCAGCAUAGGACACCAGGAGUUGGACUUUUACCAGAGAUCAGAACACUGGACUUGUCCCACAACAGACUUUACAAUGGAAUGGCUGAAUAUUUUAUACACAAAGCACCAUCACUUCAGUAUCUUUCCUUGGCAGAAAACAGCAUUACCGUGAUAUUACACAGGAUGUUUCAGGGGUCUCCGGCUCUUGUUGAGGUUGACCUCCACAGUAAUAUCAUCAUGGAAAUAGAAGAAGGUGCCUUUGAAACUCUGGUGCAUCUCACCAAGCUCAAUCUCUCCAUGAACUCGAUCACUUGCAUCUCAGAUUUCAGCCUCAGACAACUCCAGAUACUCGACCUCAGUAGGAACAGCAUUGAGACUUUUCAUGCCACAGAGUCAAAGGAAGAGUAUAACCUGAGGUGGCUGGAUCUUAGUGAGAACAAGCUACUGCGCUUCCCAGUUUUCCCCCAGGUGAACAAGCUGGCGUAUCUGAAUUUAUCUAAGAAUUUAAUGCAGCUUACUGCAGACUCUGCUCACGAUGAGGUGUACUAUAUGGAAAGGGACUGGCUGGAAGCUCCUUUUCAUCUUCUGGAUCAGAAGCAAAAUACAAACACAAGUUCUCUGUAUCUAUCCCAGCUUUUAUAUUUAGACUUAAGUUAUAAUGAGAUCAAAGCCAUCCCAAAUGAGUUCUUUGAGUCAAUGUCCUCGCUUCGGUUUCUUAAUCUCAGUAAAAAUUGCCUCCAGACGUUUGCAGUAAAUUAUGAUAGUGCAUUGAUCUCACUAGCCAUCCUUGAUUUAAGCUUCAAUGCUUUGCAGAAUCUCUUACUAGAUGCCAGCACAUUGACUAAUUUACAGGAGCUCUACAUUCAAAACAAUCAUCUCCAGGCCCUGCAAUUUGAUAUCUUUGCGAGCCUUCCCAGCAUCAAAUUGCUUAAUCUCCAGAGUAAUAAUAUUAGUUUUUGCAGCAUGUAUUCAGGAUUAGCUAAACAAAGGCUUACUGGCGAGGAGAAUGGUUGUGUAUCAUUUGUUGACUUCCCUGCUCUUAGGCACUUAUACCUAGCUGACAACAUGUUGAAGAACUUACCGAUAUAUGCUUUUUACAAGACUUCACUAAUUCUCCUGGAGCUCUCCAUGAACAAAGGACUGAAAAUAGAGGCUAAAGCAUUAUCAGGACUGGAGACAUCUCUUGAGUAUUUGAAUUUACAUGGCAAUGGCAUGACCGUUUUAAAUAUUGACCUGCCUCGUUUUCAUCACCUUAAACAUUUAAACCUGUCUGAAAAUCAGCUGAGCUGGUUACCCAAGUGGGGUAGUGAUGCUUCGCUGGAAGUUCUGGAUCUACGGAAAAACAGUUUUUGUAAUCUACAGAGCAGUAACAUUUUAGCAUUAGAGAACUCUCUUAAAAACUUAUAUCUUGCUGGGAACCCACUCAGCUGCUGUGGAAAUGUCUGGCUCUCAUCUAUGAUCCAGAAGAAAAAUGUAGCGAUCCCUGGUGUAGAGCAGAUAACAUGCCAGUACUCCAAGAGCUUUGGGUACCAAGAAGAAAUUUAUAUUAGCAACAUAAGACCAGAAGUCUGUGAAAAAGAGGAUCUAAAGAAAAUUAACUUGCUUAUUAUACUAACGGUUGCAUUAAUUUUAUCAGUGAUCAUCAUUGGACUGGGUUCAUUUUGUUGCUUCCGCAGACAAAAGUUUAGCCAGCAAUUUAAAGCAUAG